UUAAAACAUCAAUCUGGCAACCCUGAGCAACAGCACGGUAAACAGCUGAAAAGCGACGGAGCUCUGCGUCAGGUUUACUGCUGAGACACAAGCACGAGUGAGAGCGGCAGCACAGGAUGAUAGCUGAAGUGUUUUCUCUCACAACACUCAAUACAUAUCUACAUCAGAAUAGUUCAUAAGAGAACUCAAGACGGACCUGAGGGUGCAGUUUUGUUGUCCAAACUUAAGUUAUUAUAAACAGACGAUGAACGAUAUUAAAGUUGCUGUUCUUGGAGGAGAAGGAGUCGGGAAAUCAGCGCUCAUUGUGCGAUUCCUAACCAGGAGAUUUAUCGGAGAGUACGCCUCAUCAUCAGAGUGUAUAUACAGAAAACGCAUGUCCGUUGAUGGAAGGCAGCUGAAUCUGGAACUUUACGACCCAUGUUCCCAGCCCUGUGACGGAAAGUCCACUCUGAACGAGCAGAUCCACUGGGCUGAUGGCUUUGUGGUGGUGUACGACAUCAGUGACCGCUCCUCUUUCAUCACUGCUACAGCUAUCGUGCACCUGAUCCGAGAGCUCAACCUGGGAGCAGCCAAAAGGGAGUCUGAGUCGGUGGUGUUCUUGGUGGGAAAUAAACAAGACCUGUGCCACAUGCGUGAGGUGGGCAAGGAGGAAGGUCAGAGGUUGGCGACAGAUGGGCGCUGCCAGUUCUACGAGCUCUCCGCUGCCGAGUGCUACCAGGAGGUGGCACUCAUGUUCACAAAGUUGGUGCGCAACGCAAGUGUGAGCGGAAAAGCUAAAGAGCGCCGGCGCCGACCCAGCGGCUCUAAGUCCAUGGCUAAACUGAUCAACAAUGUGUUUGGCAAGAGGCGGAAAUCAGUGUGAUCCAGUAACCAGAGGAAGAAGAGAUAUGCAUGGACACUUCUGGUGCCAUAAUCAUAAGAGAUGCACUUAGCUUCUUACUGGAGUAUAAAGAGGAUCAAAGAUCAACAUGGUUAUUUCUGCCUACUGCAUGUGAUUAUCUAUAAAAAUGUCACAUCCGAAUGUUAGCAGUAGGGUGUUUUGGGUGACCAUUUUUGGUUGACAUUAUCCACUGUUUGCCAUAAAUGUCCCAACUGUGAACACUAAAAGUUUCAGAGUUGGACAAUACAUAAAAUUGGCAAAUAUA